CCCAACAUGGAUUUUAAAUGAUUUUAAAGGAUUGUAGAUUCUAUGGAUUUUAAUGGAAUUCUACAGAUUCAAUGAGAUUCAUAUAGAAUUCUAUGGAAUUCUAUGGAAUUCUAUUUGAUGGAAUCAUAUGGAUUUCAUAGAAACUCCUUAGACACCUGGAACACACAAGUCGGUCAUCUUCUCAAUUUUGCAACACUCAACUUUAAUUAUUCGUGGGAGCCUUUCGCCACCCAGAACACCGCCUUUUACGAGUAUUACAAGGAACAAGGGAUAGUUUCUGUGGAAGAGUGGAACACAUGAUGGCGGAAAAACUGGCGCAUGAAGAAUAACAGACCCAAACUUAACAACAAUCCAUAGAAUAACAACAGUCCAUAGAAGAACUGAGAAAAAGUAAAAAAAAAAAGGAGGAGACAAACCUGGAGAAGAAGAACGGUCUUUGCUGCGGAUGAAGAAUGGGGAGGAAAGUGGCUCUCCGCUGCGGAAGAACGUGAUAGAUAAGUACCGGUACAAGACUUCAAACAUGGCAGUGUUUUACCAAACAAGAGGUGGCCACACUACUCAAAAUCAAGCACAUUAGGCCGGUAAUCCACGUGGAGUGGUUGUCUAAUGUAGUCCUUGCCUCGAAGGGGGGCAACUUGGAGGAUGUGCGUUGGCUACUCCGAUCUAAACAAGGCAUGCCCUAUGGAUCCUUAUCUUGUGCCUCAGAUCGAUUUGCUGGUAGAUGAGACCGCCGGGUGUGAACUAUUGAGCUUUAUGGAUGCCUUCCGAGGGUAUCACCAGAUCUUAUGCACCCGGCUGAUGCAGAGAAAACAGCGUUCGUCACCUCGGACGGGGUAUUUUGCUACAUUGUCAUUGCUGUUCGGGUUGAAGAAUGUUAUGGCCACAUUCCAGAGAAUGAUCGGGAUGUUGUUCAAAGAAGUGUUGGGGUCACCAUGGAAGCUUAUGUGGAUAACAUCUUGAUCAAAAGCAGGAGGAAGGAGGAUCAUGUUCGGGAUAUUGAAAAAGUCUUCGGAAUCACGAGGAAGGCGAACAUGAGACUGAAUCCCAAAAGUGUGCCUUUGCCAUUACGGGGGGGGCAAAUUCUUGGGAUAUAUGAUGAGCGAAUGGGAUAAUUGCAAAUUCUUGCAAUUACGGGGGGCAAAACCAUUUUGGUCAUGAUAGUUGCUAUCAAAUGACUGACACCAUAUUUUCAGGUCCAUCCGGUAAUUGUUGUUACUACUCAACCGCUUGCCACCAUCCUGAGGAACCCGAUGGCCAGUGGACGCAUAACCAAGUGGUCACUCCUAAUCGGGCAAUAUGAAGUAGACUUCAGGCCGCGACCUACCAUUAAAGGUCAGGCCUUAGCAGAUUUCAUAGCAGAAUGUACCGCUCGGCCAUGGAGGAUGAAUCGAACAAAAAUGUCCUGGAUAAUUGGUGGGAGAUGUGUGUGGAUGGUGCCUCACGUGCGAAGGGUUGUGGUGGCGGAGCCGUGAUCACAUCACCUGAGGGGUUCAAGGUAUACUAUUCCAUUCAUUUUGAUUUUAAGGUAACUAACAAUGAGGCCAAGUAUGAGGCCCUUAUUGCAGGUUUAAAGUAUGCCAAAGUCCUGGGUGUCGAUCGGCUAAAAGUUCGAUCGGAUAGCCAGCUGGUUGUUGGCCAGGUGAAUGGGACUGCCGAAGCAAAGGAGGAAAGAAUGAAAGCCUACAAGGAACUGAUCGAGGAACAAAUCGAAAAAUUUGAACAAGUAGUCCUCGAUCAGGUUUCCCGGAUAGAAAAUGCUCAGACAUAUGUUCUAUCAAAACUCGAGAAUGCCGCACUGGACGAUCGGGCUCAGCUCAUCCUUGCACACAUCCAACAAUUUGCCCACCGGGAGACGCUUCCUACACCGGCUGCAAAGGUCCUUCGGGUGGAGGCUAUAUCCUAUGCCGUUCUUAGUUGGGUCAUGGACAUGACCAACUACAUGAAGGAUGGAUCCCUCCCAGCAGACAAGAACUUGGCAUACAAUGCCAAAAUGCAUCCAGAAGAGGGUCCCCAUGUUCGAGUUGGUAGAUGGACAAUUGUACAAAAAGAAUUUCGGGGGACCAUACCUAAAGUGUCGCUCGCCCGGUCUUGCGGCUGCGGUAAUGGAAGAAAUUCACCACGGAAUCUAUUCGAGCCAUCAAGGUCCGAAAACUCUUGCAAGAAAAAUCAUCUUGCAAUGGUAUUACUGGCCAACCAUUCAGCAUGACUGUUUCGAGCAUACAAAGAAGUGUAAAACCUGCCAGCAAUACGCCCCAGUGCCCGAACGACCAGCAAGUUUCUAUACACCAAUGACUACAGCAUGUUGUUCGCUAGGUGGGGGGUCGACUUGCUAUGGCCCCUACAUACAGCAUCGGCGGGGAAGAAGUACAUCAUUGUGAGGAUUGACUACUUCACCAAAUGGGUGGAGGUCGAACCUUUGGCCAGCAUCACGGAUUUCCAAUGCCGGAAGUUUGUCUGGCAGAACAUCAUUUGCCGGUUCGGCCUCCCGGAGCAAAUCAUCACCAACAAUGGCAGGCAGUUCGUGAACAAGAGCUUUGAGCAGUACCUGACCAAGUGGAGCAUCAAACACUAUAGGGCAUCAGUGGCCUACCCCCAGACGAAUGUCCAGGUCGAGAAUAUGAAUAGAACAAUCAUGGACGGGAUGAAAAAGAAACUCGAAGUAUACUCCUCGUCAUGGCGUGAUCAACUAAACUACAUAUUAUGGACUUACCAAAUGACCCCUAGGACAGCUACU